AGAUUCAGAUAUGUGGCAAUGUGCAAUGUCGUCUUGGUGUAUUGAUGCUAAUGGCAAGUAAUGUCAAGGUACUAGGUGGCGAAGUAGAGUCAUUACAGGAAGAAAACUCACAACAAUUGGUUCUCUCUAGAGCUAUAGGUGUUGAAGCUCAAGCAUUGCCACCUCAAAUCACAGCUGGAAAUACUACAGAUAAUGUGGAGGAGAACAUGACAUUGCAUAGCACCAAUGAUACUACAAGACAUGCUGGUCACACAGCAUCCUUUCAAUCAUCAGAACCAACAAUUACUGGGCAACAUCACCACAACAGACAAAAUAUGCAGUCAGGUUUACUUCAAAGUGAUAAUCAGACUUGCUUAAAUUCUGGGUUGGUUAUUUCACAGCAUAGCAGACAUCAGGCUGUGAGAGAGACCACACAUACACAGCAAACACACCCUCAGCCAAGCAUGACUGAGGAAGAGGCAUGGAUGGAGGAAGAGAUGGAUGUUGAUGAUGAUGAUAUCCUAGAUGAGGAAUUACUACAACAACUUGACCAGAUUGAACAGCGUGAAUUCAGGCGACUGAGAGCAGAAAUACACCUCCUGCAAGCAGUACAUCCAUGGAAGCUGUAUCAGCUAGCCACAAUACAACAUGGAACAAUCCAAUGGCAAAAGCAACCUCUAUCACUAACAGCCAUCAUGAAGUAAGGAAGUUGGACAACUUAUCUUCUUCAACUACUUCAAAUACAAAUACAUUGGGAACUAGUUCUCCUAACUGGAAUAGUCCUGGGAUGUACAAUACUCCUACAAAUACAGCUAACCACACUGGCAUCAAGUUGGAUCCCAAACCACAUUUAGUAAAGCAGCGAUCUGUGACACAAUUUUUCAAGAAUCCAGAGCUGAAUCAGUCACCUGUUGGACAACAACAUGGGCCUCGUACAAGCCCUGUUGCAACACAUGGGAUCUCUGUUAGAACACCAUCUACUGCAGACACUGCUGCAUCAAUGUUGACAACUGCUUGGGUUUCACCGGUGAAUAAUCAGCCAAACACACCAGUAACAAAUCCAUCUAUGUCAAGUGUUGGGAAGCAAGAAAUGAAGCACCCUCAGGAAUGUAAACAAGCUUGUGAAGUAGAGCAUGUUUCUAAAGAGCAAGCGAUAACGGAACCAAUCGUCUAUUUGUCAGAUGUACUGAAGGAUUUGUCAUUUGAUGAUAGAAGAGUUGUCAGCAUUAAGGGAUUUAUUAUGACCCUUCAGAGCGGCUUGCGAUGUCAUCCAUCAUGGUGUAUUGAAGCUAAAAUUAAUGAUGGCACAGCAUCAAUAGAUGUGGAUUUAACCCAUAUAGUACUUAAUGAGCUUAUUGGUUUCAAUGCACAGGAAAUGAAGAAAAUAAAAUUGCAGUCGAAACACAAUAAAGAGAUGAAUCAUAAAAUUAUGAUGGUGAGUUUGAUAUUUCAUGGAUUUCCAUGACAACUCU